ACGAGUGUCUUGAACUUUCCAAAGUCUGAAUCAAACAAAGCGCUCAAUUUUUUAUAAACUAAAAAUGGAUGUCGAUCAAGUGCUUAAGCAUAUCGGUCAGUUUGGCCCGUUCCAGAAGCGUGUCCUGGCCAUGUUCUUGUUUAUUUUCUUCCCAAUUACUUACCAAACUCUAAUCAUGGUGUUCGUGGCUUAUGAACCGCCAUGGAUGUGCGCGUCCAACAGUACAGCCUGCCUUCAAGCCAACGCUACUGGACGAGAAGUCUUUAGCACCAGCACCAAACCCAUAGCGUUGUACGAGAGAAGAUGCUCUCUGAACAGAUCUGACUGGAAGUUUGCUGAUUAUGAUUUGUACGAAGGACCUCAUAAAACCAUUGUUACAGAGUUUGAUCUCGUCUGUGACAAAAGCAUCUACGCAUGGCUGUCCAGUUCCUUGCUGUUCUUUGGUUGGGCGUUGGGUGCUAUCAUUCUUGGUCUCAUAGCAGACAAAUACGGUCGUCGUAGCGUUUUGUUCCCUUCUGUAAUCAUGGUGAUGACUAUGACAUUUAUCAUGUCGUUUGUCAAGGCUGUCUGGCUUAUUCUUUUACUGAGAGUGGUUGUUGGAAUCUUUGAAGGAGGAAGUGUACUUACGAUGUUUGUGUUGGCGACAGAACUGGUUGGACCUGCUAAGAGAGCGCUGUCUGGUACCCUGGUGUGGUUUUAUUUUACUUUUGCUUUGAUGGCCAUAGGGUUCAAAGCAUAUUUCAUCCGAGACUGGAAAUGGUUGUGCAUUGUUUCCAUUGUACCAUUUGUUUUUGUUGUUGUUUUUUGGAAGUUCAUCCCAGAGUCUGUUCGCUGGCUUCUUAUCGUUGGGCGUAAAGAUCAGGCCAAACAAAUCCUGGAACACGUGGCUCGAGUAAACAAACGCGAUAUGCCAUCAGAAGACAUACGUGUGCCUGUUGUUCCUCCCAACAAAGGAUUCUUGGAGCUGUUCAGGACGUCUAGACUUGCCUUGUCGACCCUACUUCAAUGCUAUGCGUGGUUCGUGAACGGGAUGGUAUAUUAUGGUGUAUCGAUGAGCUCUGGUGAAUUGGGUGGCAGUAUCUACCUUAACUUUGUCCUGACCAGUCUGGUAGAGAUUCCAGCAAAUAUGUUGGUUAUUGACAACUGUAACAGGUUUGGUCGAAAGAAAACCACUAUUGCUUACUUUGUGGUUGGAGCCAUUGCCUGUGUGGCUGUUUCUUUCAUCCCUAGCGGCACCGAUGAUAUCUAUUACAUCGUUGGGCGUGUCACUGGUGGCAUGCUAGGAAAGAUGUGCAUCACAGUGUCCUUCAACUCGAUCUAUGUGUUCUCAGCUGAACUUUUUCCAACCAUGGUCAGGAAUAGCGGAAUGGGUUUGAUGUCUGUAGUAAGCCGUGUUGGUGCUGCAACAGCACCAUUCGUGGUUCAAUUGACCCGCAUCAAUCCCAUUCUACCUUUCGCCCUAAUGGGUGGCCUUGCUUUUCUGGCAUCAUUUGCUUGUUGGUUUUUACCAGAGACAAAUGGAAAACCAACCCUGGAAGUGAUUGGAGACGAUAAAGUUCACCCUCCAACAGUUGCUAUGGAGGAGAUGAAGAAACCCAGCUAUGAAGAGAGGAAUGAAGAAGCAGAGAAAGAGGAUAAGAAAACGAAUCUUGGCUAUGUCGACAAUGAAGAAGACAAAAAGCAAGAUGUAAAUCAGGAUUCGGACAAAAGAGAUGACAAAAAUCAGGCCAAAGAGGCGGAAAACUUCGACACUGCAUUCUAAACUGUAUGUCCAUUCAGCGCAAUGUUAAAACGGCUCUUGAAGCUACGAAUGAAAUGCUGUAUAACUUGAGUGUCUUCCUUGAUCUCAAAAAAGCCUUUGUACCCUAUA